GCUGUUACAAUAACAAUUCAAGCAUACUCAAAAGAUUAACCUCAAAUGUUGACGUCAAAAGGGCCGCACCGAGAGAAUUUCCUCACAUGGCGUUGUUGGGUUAUAGCAAGUAUCCCAGAGAUGAUACAUGGGCCUGUAGUGGGUCACUGAUCAGUAAUAGAUGGAUCCUGUCCACGGUGGGCUGUGAAAGACUGGGCAAUACAACGGUUGUGCAAUGGGCACGUCUGGGAGGUCUGAACUAUUCGUCGGAAACCGAUGAUGCCAGACCAACGGACUAUCAAAUCGAUCAACGUAUAGUGCACCCGGAUUUUCGAAAACCAUCAUUGUACAACGAUAUAGCGUUGUUCCAUUUGGACCAGGACGUUGAGUUUUCGUCGUACGUACGACCAAUGUGUCUUAACGCAGAUCCAAACUGGCAGUCAAGUGCCUCGCAGAUAGUGAUAUCAACUGGUUGGGGACCGAUCCUUGAUGAUAAAUCAAUGAGUCUGGAUCUGCUAAAGGUUAGUUUGGACAUCAUCUCGGCGGACUUGUGCAAGAGCAAUUAUUAUGCGUCGAUUGCAGGGAGAAAACAGUUGAUGCACGGAAUAGUUGAAGACAGUAUGAUAUGCGCGGGAGAUGUGAGUGGCGAAAAAGACAUCUGUGGGGGCAUUGCUGGUAGUUCUCUUCAAAUUGUUCACGCCAAUCACACGUGCAUGUACACUCAAGUAGGUGUCUUAUCGGCCGGUAAAGGGCAGUGCCCCAAGAAAGAUUCGCCUGAUAUUUACACGAGGGUGUCCAAAUUUUUGCCGUGGAUCGAACAAAUCGUUUGGCCCAAGUCUGGCUAAAUCAUCUUACACAUAUAACGGAUAAAUAAUAAACCUUUAACGUUGCAGCUUGUUAUCUUUAAGCAUACUAUUCCGAUUCUGUUUAUUUUUAUUUAACGCCGGGUCUGACUCGGUGUUUGUAAAAUGUUUUUUAUUGUUCACGCAUAUAAUAAUAAAUAACACCUUCAUUUUUGGUAAUUAUUUUUAUCAUCG